CCCAGCGGAUUUUGUUCGGACCGCCGAUUCGUAUUAGCAGGUGGAUACAUGAGUCGGUAGUACGCUCCUGAUUCGCAUUAGCGGUGAAUCCGAUCGUGAUACGUAUUUGCUUUGCUCAUGUAACCGCGGAUCGGAUCGCCGAUUCGUACUAGCAGGUGGCUACAUGAGUCGGUAAUGCGUUCCUAAUUCGAAUUAGCGGCUAAAUACGUAUUUACUGUGCUCAUGUAACCCCGAUAAAUCUGAGAAACGCGAUUUGACCUUGGACGUGCCCCGUGCCAGUGCACUGGCCUUAGGGGUGCUGAAGGACUUGAUUUGGAUGCCGGUGGCGGCGACGACAGUGUGCCGGCGCACAUCUCUAUGGAGGUGGACACGGCGACCCGUGGGCGACCGCCGCUGCCGCGGUUUACUACAGGUGGCCAUGGCCACUAAUCAGUCACGAACUUCUGACAGUGAACGCCAGUCGGUUCUCGGAUGUGAGGACGCGCCCGUCGAAUAAAGUGACGGAGAUGCGUCCGCCGACCCUGCGCCGGCCGCGCCGGGAGGCCGAGCUGCUGACCCAGCUGCAGCAGCUGGCGGUGGCCCUGGACGGCGCCUGCCCCCUGGUGUUGGAUGGCAGCUGCGGGAGCCACGUGACGCCGUCUGCGCUUUUGGCGCCAGGAGAGCUUGACGCUGCUGCGAGCACUACAGGGCUACUAGCGGUCUCUGAAUGGAGCUGCGUUCCGGUGGGCGGCUGGCUGCGCUCUCUCGGUCUGGCCCAGUACGCCGACGCGUUCGUCGCCCGCUCUGUGGAUGGCGCCCGGCUUCUGGGGCUCACCGAACAGGCUAUGGAAGACGAGCCCGACGUCGGUCUCGACGUGGCGACCUCGAAGCCAGCGUGUUGGGUCUCGGCUUCCCGCCACUCACCGGCGGACCUUUCCGCUUCGUGGACCGCAUCGGUCCCGCACAGCUAGUCAAGGACAUGGAGCGCUUCGCCGUCGUCAGUGGCGUCGGCUUCGAGCCGUGCCUGACCGUGCACUACCAGGCCGCUAGCGGCACCAAGUUCUGUUCGGCCGGGCCUCGUGUAAUGCCCACAUGUGAUGACCGAGUGUACACGCAUGUGAAGCCGCUCCGCGUGUGUGCCAGCGCUGGGCGUGAUCAGUUUCAAAGUAAAUAUAGAACCCUGGUGAUCAA